UCUUUUGAACUGCUUAAACUGGAAAGAAAAAAAUACUAUAAUUUGACGAAAUGGAAACAAACGACGCUCUAACAAACCAAAAUUCUCUUCUAGAGCUAGACUAGAUUCAUUCAUUUAUUCUUUUUCGCACCGAUCUUUUGUACAAUAUAAAGAGUAAAAGAGAACAAAACCAUUCUGUUAAGAAGUGUUCACCAUGAUGGAAAGUUUUCGACAUAUUUAUGUACGUCUUUGUAAAGAUCAUCAUAUUGACCCACAAGACUGUGUUCUGGAAAAACUCAAAAGCUUGGAAGUUGGGUCCAAGAGUAAAGCUGUCCUUGACCUUUCCACCAAUAGCCUCACCCCUAAAACCUGUUGUGUUCUUGGAAAAGCUCUGGCAUCAGACAGAACCUUUGUUGAAAUUAAAUUUGCUGAUUGCAUGCUGGCAGAAGAUGCCAUUAAAGGUCUUGCUCAAGGACUUGCAUACAACACAUUUUGUAAGAAACUGGACUUAAAGGGAAACAAUAUACAUGCCGCAGGAACUGAAGCCAUUGGUAAGAUGUUACGCCAGAACAAAUCUUUAGUCAGCCUAUGUUUGGAAUGGAAUGGUAUGGGGAUGCUAGACAACUCAUUUGCUGUGUUCUGUGAGGGAUUGGGUUCGAAUACAGCAUUAAGAGCCCUGGACUUGCGCAAUAACCAAAUCAGCCAUGACAGCGUAUCAGAGUUGGCAGCUGCUCUAAAACGUAACGUUCAUUUACGGGCCCUUGAUUUGCGAUGGAACAACUGUGGCUUGUUAGGUGGGCGUGCUCUGCUGGAGAUGCUACAAAGUAAUAAAACGAUUAGUCGUCUUGAAUUAGCAGGAAAUAAUGUGCCAACAGAUAUUUCAAAAUCCAUAGAGACAGCAGUACAAAAUAAUGCUGAUAGACAGGUCAUUAUUGAUGAGAACCUCAAGAGAACACAAACAAUGUCUCAACACAUCAGAGAGUUGGAGCUGGAUAAAAAACUACAGGUCAAUGAACUACUCACCUCUCUAGAUAAUCAACAAGAAAUCCACAGGAAAUCUCAUAGAUUUUCUACUGAGAAAAUUGGAAAUCUUCAGCUAGCUCUAGAAGAACGCAAAGGUGCUUUUAACUCUUUGGCUGCAAAAUUGUCAAUGGCAGAAACAGAGUUGGCCUUAUCUGAACAAAAAGUUAAUGAAUACAACUCUUCUUUGAACAGACUUAAAGUAGAAAUGCAAGAGUUGGCAGCUAAUCAUGUGACUGAGAUGCGCAAAGAGAAAGAAGACAGAGCUAAUGAAGAAUUGAAAUACUUAAAAGAAAUUUCUGAGACACAAGAUAAAAAUAUGCAACUACAAAAUAAAGUUGAAGACCUCGAGAGAAAAUGUCGGCAACAACAAGAACAAAUCUACGACUUGAAAGAACAAGUAACACACCUUCAGUCGGAGCUGACGAUGAAAGGCUCACAAUAUGAAGAAAGAAUAACCCAAGAAAAACUUAGACAGAAGGAAGCUAUGAGAGACUUUGAACAGUAUAAACAAAAGGAGAUGAUUCACAUGAAACAAGAGAGUGAAGACAUGGAGAAAAUUCUCCGAGACAGAAUUUCUAAGCUGGAGUCUCAGAGGCUGGACAUGGAAGAAGAAAUCAGUCGUCUUAAGUCGACCAAUGUCUCAGACAAACUGAAUGCGGAGGAACAGUUGCAAACACUGAAGCACAGACUUAAGUCAGAAGAGGAACAGCGGCAUGUUCAGCUGGAAGAGAAAAUUCGAGUUCUACAAACCAGUAGAGAUGAACUACAGAGUCUGACCAAUCAGCAGGUAGCAACCAUUUCACAAUUACAACAUAAAAAUAGCAAUCUACAGAUGGAAGUUGACAAUCUUCGACGUCAGAUGGAGGAAUUGAAUCAAGAGCUAGCACAGAAAAAUAAUUACACAAUGGCUGAAGUUGGUAAGGUCAAAGCUGAACUGAACAAAUUACAGAACAAACUUGAUCAAGAGAGAUCAGUUCAAUCAGAGAUGAGAGAAAAACUGGCCACUGUCGACAGUCAGAUGUCUGAACAAAUGUUAAAACAUCGCAGACAAAUGGAAGAAAAAGAGAAAGAAGUGGUGCUCUUGGAAGAAAAGUUGAAAGGUCGGGAGCUGGAGCUUGUACGUCUUCGAGAGGAAGAAGCUCAAAGGGUGCAAGUUUUACAGUCAGCCAUCUUGAAUUAUGUCGGCAAACAGGGCACGUCUUCCAGGUGAAGCUAGGUCUGCCGCUAAGUCCUUAAUUGUUAAAAAAAAGCUUUCGUACAAAUUCAUAACAUGUCAUCACUCACUUCCAGUUGGAGACUUGUAUCAUAACUUUCUGUAUAAAAGGUGUAGUAUACACCAUUCCAGCCUCAAUGUUUUUGUGACUUAGCAACUCGAUUUUCAUAUACAAAUCAGUGAUAUUUUUUUUUCUUUUGGAUUCACUAGAAGGGAAAACAAUUUUGAUAGUUCACUUAUAACUUGAUCCUUUUGCCAGAACUUAGUAUAACACUGGAAAUUUUUUUUUUUUCCUAUCUAUAUAUAGUGUGUACAUUUUUAUAUCUUUAUAUAUUUAUAUAAAAAAAAUUGUUUGUAUUGAAUUUAUAUUUCUAAAAGUCUAUUUAGCUAGUCAUUACAAUGAUUGGAUAGUUAGUUGGAGUGUGUUAUUAAAUGUGAAUGUAUGUUUGUCACUUCAUGAAUUUUUUUUUUUUUUUUAUUUAGGGUAACAAAAUAUUUUGCAUCUUCCAUUUUUAUCACCCAGAUAUUUGUUUUAGGUUUAGGGCCACAUUGCUUGCUGGGUUUAAUGGCAGUAAGUGUAGCUCUAUAUAAUGAAAUACAAUGAACAAAAAUUAGAUUAAUUUGUGGAUGUAGAGAAAUUAGAGGAAUGGCUUGCCUGCUUGUGUGGUAUGUUCUUCAGACUGUCAUCACAAUGGUUCUGAUUAGGAACCAUAACCCCAGAUUAGGAACCAUAACCCCAGAUUAGGAACCAUAACCCCAGAUUAGGAACCAUAUCCCCAGAUUAGGAACCAUAACCCCAGAUUAGGAACCAUAUUUCCUGUCACCGUACAAGAAGUGUGGGCUAGGAUGUAAUAAUCUUCAUUUCUGAAGGAAUGUCCAAAACUUAUAAAAACAGAACAAAAAAACACCAGGAGUUAUUCUGUCCCUUUGAAUUCAAAACACUUUUUUUUUGCCAGAGUUGCUUCUCUCUUUCCAACCAAUUUUACUUGCCUUCCAUGAUUCCAAUAGUUUCUACUUAUUGUAUUUUCUGAGGGUCACUGUGUUGUUAGCACGUGUGUUGAGAGGUCAAGGUUAGGGUAAAAGGAAUGUCACAACCCUUUUAGCUACAAAAUGUAAGAAAACUCUUUUGCUAAAUGAUAAAAAAUCUCCAAGAAGACUAUCAAUUGCUUAGUCUAGUUAUUUUUUUCAUUUGACUCUGACUUCAGCUUGCUUUUCUUUCUGGUUAAGCUUCCAUAGAUUUGAUCAUCCAAGAUCAUCUGCAAGGGACCAGUUGUUAAGUUUGGGAAUCGUCUCUUCUAAAUGAGUUACUAUCCCUAGCUCAUCUCCUCAGGUUCAUUGAACUGAACAGGUUUUGUCAAAAUUCUUAAUAUUUCUGUUUAUAGAGAUUGUUUUGAGGUGGAAACAGCUGUGUUGGAUUUGAUGUGCAAAGAUGCUAUAACAAUCAACAUUUCAAAGCUUUUCAUUGUUUGCAUGAAAACAAAAUAAAUAAAAAGUAAUACAUACAGUAUGGAAUGCAUAUUCAAGUUUGUGAACUCAGAUGAAUUGUCAUUAAAAACAUAUUCUAGAAAUUCUCAAUUUUAACAGUCUUUGGUUCAGGGGAAGCAGACACUGUCUUAUUGGUGAAUACUCUGCAGUGCCUGCACCCUCCAAAUUCGCCAUGACUAUUUAGACCAAGGAAACUGUGUAACAUAUCUUGUAUGAGUCUCCAUGACUCCGAGAGUUAAGGGAGGCUAUAAAGCACUACACCAUAUGACCAGUUUCUUACCAGAGCACUAAGGGAGGUGUAGUCCUUCCUUUUCUGUCACCAAUCAGAGUUAUCUCAGGUUUACGGGAAGCAAUCUGUGAUAUUUAGAUCUAUUAUUAUUUUAUUAUUGAUAUUAUCAUUUGUUCUAUGCUAUUCUUCCUAAGUAAAACCAAGAUCAAUCUCUUCCUAAGUUUCAGUACAAAACAAAGACCAUAAAAUUGUCUAAACAUCUUCCCUGCACUACUCUUGGCAUUAAACUUGAAUCAAGUUGAACUGCUGAGCAGUAGCAGGCUUCUCAUAUGUACUAGAUCUAAUCAUUUCAGUUGAUACACUGCAUACGUUUGAUGAAAUGAUUAAAGAAAGAAGUUAACACUGAAUUGAACUCUCCAUUCUGAAAGUUUAAUUAUGUUGUGAAUGUAAUCUUAACUCUUUCACAUAACAAAUUUUGAUUGACUUAGGAUCAAAUAUAGUCUGCAAAAUUCAUAUUAUCAUAUUAUACACAAUAAAAAAAAUACUGAUUGUCAUUC